GGUGAAACUGGGCUUCGAACAACGUUGGUGUUGGUCUGGUCUGGUCUGGUUCAGUUCUCGUGGGUUCGGGUUAUCGGGUUUGGAGUUGCCGUGUUCACUGUAAACCUCCCUCUAUCUCUAUUCUUUCACCAUUGUCUUCAUCAUCAACAUCAUCAACAUCUUCUCUCUCAACCCGUUUCUCGUUGAAGCUGAACACCCACACACACCCCAUUAUCUACACAGACUAUACUAGUACUGCCUCACAGAUUCGGGUCAUCCUCUUUCUCUCGCUGUGCGACGAGGGUAGUGGCAUGAAAGCAGAAAUAGAGACUUGUUUUAUUCGGAGAUGAGCGGACAUGAGUAGACUGUCAUUCAGGCCUCGUCCACUCGACAUUCACAAGAAGCUCCCUAUUGUCAAGUCUGUCAAGGACUUUGAAGAUGAAGAGACCACCACCACUUCGACCCGUAACUCGCAGAUACUGCGUCUUGCUGCAGAGGCCGAUAAUGAGGUACAACAUAUUCCUACCAAGAAAUUGGCUUCUGAAAUACCUACACCACAGUUUGUUGUUGUGGGCACAUAUGAAAGAGAUUAUUCCCGAACUUUCAGUCAACCGACGUCAUAUUUACGCGGGAGGGGAGCUCGGGCUGAGAUUGGAGAGUUUAUUGAGUACGACCUGGACAACGAGGAUGAAGAUUGGCUUCAAGAGUUCAACAAUGAAAGAAAGAUUCUUCAACCUGAAAAGCUUGAGACUAUCUUGUUUAAACUAGAGGUAUUGGAUCAUAAGGCCCGGGAACGAGCAGGAGUUAUAACUCCUACUCUUGGUGGACCUAUUCCUGUACUUCUACAGCUUGAUGCUGCUAUUGAGUCUCUACAAGACCUAUCCAUAAAAUAUGGAGUUUUCCAAUCUAUAUAUGGUUAUUGGAGAGAAAAGCGUGAACGAUGGCAAAAACCUGUUUUACGGCGUUUGCAGCCUCCUCCACCAGUUAAUGAUACCAAUCCAUAUAACGUAUUUAGGCCAAGGGAGAAAGCCCAUAGACUUCACACAAGGAGGAUGCAAAGGAGGGAAAACAACGUGCAAUCAUUUGAAAAGCUUCGCCAGGUCAGACGCAACCUUGACCAAGCGAAGACCAUACUUGAGGCUUUGAUUAAGAGAGAAGAGAAAAAGAGAGAUGUCAUGGAGACUGAAGUUAGCCUUCAAAGGAUCCAAAUGAAAUAUAAGCAUGAAACCGAGCUCCUUGAGGACAGCUUUGCUCUGCCUGGAUUGCCAUCUUUUCCUUGCAAGUUUGGUUCAAGUGAGGAGGAAUUUGUCGAUUCAGAUGAUGUUGCUAACAGCCGUCCAAAUAAUCGACAUGCUGCAGUGCAGAAUCGUCCUUUCACAGACUCCAAGCUUGUGAUGGUUUCUGCAGGAAGCAUGAAACGGGAGUUCAGAAGACGACAUGUCCCGUAUGGAUGGCUUCAUAAAUUGGAUCCGCUUGAGCCCGUUUUGCUGUUCACAAAACCUCUAGAUCCAGAAAAGUUGGCAGCAGCAGGCAUUGUACCUCCGUCAGAUGCUCCAAUGGCGAAUGGCACAUCUGGACGCUCAUAUAACUUCCAUGGAAGGAUUGGCCGGGGAGGGCGUAUAGUAUUCGAUAGAUGGAAUCCGCUUAUGCAUACCCCAAUCGACAGCAAUAACUCUUUUUAUGCACCACCAAAACCUCGGCCUUCCACACAUAAAUGACGCGUUACCGCAUAUUUUUUUUCCCAUGCUCCAGCUCAGAUGAGUGAAUUCGCUCAGAACAGGUAUACUUCUGAUCCUUUUUCAGGCGACACUGGAGGGGGGCCAAAGGGUAAUAGCACCCAGAAUACCUUGUUAGGUCAGCUAUGGGUAUUUUGAUGCAGGGACAGGAAGCGUACUUCCAUGACCUUGCUUAUGGAAAUGGUUGUAUUAAAACAAUACCGGCAUUUGAGGGUAAUGCCCUCGCUUUGCCUCUGCUCAUUGUACAAUUAUUAUUAUCUUUUGCAAAGUCAUAAAAAAAAAAAAAAAAAAAAAUUU